ACGCGACGAGGCGGAAUGCCACGUGACCAUAGACGAUAUCGCGGCAGGAGUGGAGUGCGAGCCAGCAGUCCUGUUAAUGCCCAUAGCUGAUGUCCUCCUCCACCCGGAGUACAAACACUUCGGGGCCAAGUACAGUGUCGCACUCAUGAAGCUGAUCACACCUGUUAAGUCGAAAUACAUGUUACCAGCUUGCUUGCCUUACAGAGACUAUAUAGUCGAUAAGAAUGGAAAACUGACUAAAACAAAGCUUGUUCACGUUGACUUCUCUACUGAUGUUCCUCGAGAUUUUAUAGAAGAAGAAAAGGAGGUGCAGAGAGUAUCUAUACUGCCGAGAGAACUUUGCUUUUUAUAUGACAAUCCUGAGAACGUGACGAAAAUGACGCAGAACAGAAUGUGUUGUACUACGGGAUGUGGGUUCCAUUCCGGGGCGCCUACCAUGAUGCAUGAGCAUACAGGACAUUGGUCGAUUGUUGCCUUGUCACAAGGAGGGCCACCGUGCCCGGAUCCUCUGAGAGGCCGGGCUCCACCAUCGCCUCCACACCACAUCAUGAUACAUCCUUACGUUCCCUGGAUCACUGCUGCCAUCACCGGCAAAGCUAUCGGGGCCUUCGCUAAGGACGAUCCCUUCGGGUUUAUAAUGCCGAGAGCCUCUGCUUACGACCUGGUUGCGCACGGCUGGGUGGGUCACUGGUGGAUGGGAGGCCUCCGAUGCUACGACCGAGCGGAGUCAGCCGACGAUAUGUUCAAGUUCUACCACGAGAUCUUCCAGAUGAAGCCUGUUGCGGAGACUUUCCUUACCUACUAUUUGGAGAUUGACGCUGCCCACAACACCCUUAUUAUCUGUGUGAAGGUUGGCAUGCCAUACCAACUCGGACAGCCCAGAAUUUGGGAACUUGACAGUCCUUUAGUCAAGCUGCGAAUACCAUUGAUCAGGUUCUCUCAUCAAUACAAGUUUCAAGUGGAGGCAUGGGGUUACAACAGCACGGAAUCUUCACAGUCCUCGCCGUCUAAGGAAUCUGAAGACACUGAAGAAUCAAAGUAA